CAGAUCAUGAGAUCCAUUUCCUCCAUGAAACCUGUGCAUCUGCAAUGUCAACCCACCCCAAUCCAUGCAUCAUACCCUGAAAUCCUCCCUAUCCAUGCUGCUGUCAAUAUUAUCUGGGUCAAAAGAGAAGGGCUACAGAAAAGGACACAAAGCAGCAAUCCCUAUGCAAACAUGAGGCAUGUAGAAUGGAUUGAGUAAAUAUCAAAAAUGUUGGAUUGGAGUUCUACAAAUCUAUUCUGUCUUGGUUGAAUGGUAGGGGAAUUUAAUGGGGCAUUGAGCCUGCUGCAGAAAAGCUGUGUAGAAAGUCAAAUGGAAGGGAAGAAGAAGAAGAAGAAGAAGCAGUAGCAGCAUUGGGUUUUGAAGAGAGUGGGAGUUCCUAAAAGAUUCACAUCCUCCCUUGGGAAAAUAUGUGGCAUGUUCAUUGCCAUUAAAAAGAAGACCUCACAUAAGAAAUAAGCGGCAUUCAAGUGUGUUUGGAUUCAUUUAUGUCUGACCCCAUCAGCUGACACACCAUUAACUUCUCCUUUAUUUUGAGGAUCCCCAUCUUCCAACUUCCUCAACUUCACCUGCAAAAUAUUUGUUCUGCCUUUCUUUCUUCUUGCAGCGAAGAGAAUCCAUCACACACACACACACACACACACACACCCCAAAUGUUUGUAAGACUGAUGAUGGAGUUUCUUAGGUAGCAUGUUCAGGUGAGUCUCAUCUCUCUCUCUCUCUCUCUCUCUCUCUCUCUCUUAUUUGUUCUCUUUAAGCUGGUUCUUGCAUGAAAGCAUGGAGGGAGACAGCCUUCUUUCUCCAGUCUCACUCCCACUACCAUCCUUCCCACCACCACCACCACCACCUCCUCCUGCGAUUAGUUUUGAGAACAGGAUUACUCCUACCAUCCUUCUCAUCAUUGUCAUCCUAGCAGCCAUCUUCUUCAUCUCUGGACUCCUCCACCUCCUUGUGCGAUACCUCCUGAGACCCAAUCACAGAGAGCCAGAUGCCAUGAGCAAUGUCACAGCUCUUCAAGGCGAGCUACAGCAGCUCUUCCACCUCCAUGAUUCAGGAGUGGACCAAUCCUUCAUCGACUCCCUUCCUGUCUUCCAAUACAAAUCCAUCAUAGGCCUGAAAGACCCAUUCGACUGUGCUGUGUGCCUCUGCGAAUUCCAAUCCGAUGACAAGCUCAGGCUGCUUCCAGGUUGCAGCCAUGCCUUCCACUUGCAGUGCAUCGAUACCUGGCUCCUCUCCCACUCCACUUGUCCUCUCUGUAGAAGAAGCCUCCCCACCGAACUGUCUCCUGCCAGUAGCUGCAGUCCUGUGGUACUUGUUCUCGAGUCUGGUGGUGAGAGCUCGAGGGGGAACACCUCUAAUCUCCCUGGACAGGAUGACUGUGUGCCUUCGAUCAAUGACAAGCAGGAGGCAGAGGCAAAAGUAGUGCCUGUUAAGAUCGGAAAGCUGAGGAGUGUGGAUGAUGGCGGAGGCGAAGGCCGAGAGACUGGUAGUGGCAGUAGUAGUUUGGAUCAAAGGAGAUGCUUCUCCAUGGGUGCCUAUGAGUACGUGAUGGAUGAGAGCUCCUCGCUUCGAGUCACCAUAAAACCGACCAAGAAGAAGACGGCUCUCAAGCAUCGCGGCCACCGGCCUGCGGUGUCAGAAUGUGACUGCCACUCAAUAAGAGAGGGAUUCACAGGAUUUGAUGCAUCAACAAGUGUGGUAUCGAGAGGUGGUGGUGAUGCAAGCACGAGUGCCGGUUUGCACAGGAAGGAGAGCUACUCUGUUUCGAAGACAUGGCUGCGCUCAAGGAAAGAUGAACUGGUUGCAGAGGAUGAUGCUUCCAGGCGGGCUUCGUCAUUCCGGUUACCACUGCACAGGGGAAGGGAUGACUUCAAGCAGAGGAGUAGCAGCAGCCCUGUUACAGUGACAGAGGACAGGGACUUGGUGUUUGGAUGUGGAGGCUAGGAGCUGCCACAGCCAUGUAGCGGCAGCAUCAAUGGUGGUUGAAACACCUGCAUUUGCAAGCAGAGGUUUGCUUUGGAUAGUAAGGAGAUAGAACAAGUCAGGAAUCAUCUCUGGUUAUCAGUUCCAAGCUGCUCAUCUGUUCUUUGGAUUGCUACAUAUUGCAAUGAAGCUGUAGAUUUUGGUGAUGGAGAACAACAGAAGCUAAAGAUGAUCAUCUUGUUACAGUCUUUUUAUGUGUUUUGCUGAAUUUUUUUUGGAAGAUUCAAGGAGUUUUCUUCUCUCUCCCUCUCUCUUCUUUCUAUGA